AAAAUCUACCGCACUUCAAUCUUUGCGCCUCUUUCUUCUUCAAAGCCCUAAAACACGCUCCCGAUUCCCCUUCAUAGAGUUACAGAUUUUUUCUGUGGCGAAUCGAACACUGCAUUGGUGGAGGAGUUCAAAUGCCAGAGGAGGACCUGGUAGAAGUUAAGUUCCGGCUGUAUGACGGAUCAGAUAUUGGUCCAUUUCGGUGUUCACCAACCUCAGCUGUGGCUAUGCUCAAGGAGAGAAUAGCAUCCGAUUGGCCCAAAGGGUCUGAUGGAAGUGGUAACCAGGUGACCAAGCAGUGGUUUGAUGUAGAUGUUGUUAUUUGCUGGUUGAAUUAUAAUUUGAAUUUAAGCUACAACUGCAAUUCUGUUUGGGCUAGCUCGGCAUCUACUGUUUAGACCAAUUUACUGGAUGGUUCAAACCUGAAUACAAUUUUAUUUAAGAUCAGUUUUAAGGAGCAAUUUAUUAAUACUUGUCAACCUAGUUCUCUUUGUGUGUUAAAUUUUUAAGUCAGGCAGGCAUUGUCUUGAGUUUCAGCCAGAGAAUUGUUUGGUUUCAACUAUGAACUACCAGUCUAACGUGCGAUUCAAUCCUCUGCUUCCAGGAUCAUGCCCCUGGCUUCUUUCUUUGCCUGGCUAUGGCAGCAGAGCCUUUUGGGCUUGAUUUGGAGAUCUAUUGCUUAAAGAGCCUUUGGUUCUAGAUGGUUAUAUUUUAAAACUUUUCAUAACAAGCUGGACUGGUCCUCCUUCCUACGAUAUGAUUUGCCUAGACUAAUUUUUCUUUUGUCAAUAUCAGUUGAUUGUUUCAUAAUCUUCAUCUAAGGAGUAGACACAAGCAUCAACCAAAAUCCUAUCAAGCUUAAGAAAUAAAAACCUUUCUUUCCACAUUGGCAAAUAAACUACGAUGCUUACUAUUAUUUCUUUAUGUUAGCUGUUAAAUUCAUUUUUCCUUUCACAAGAGUUGAAAUGCGAAUCAUGAAAUCUGCAACUACAUCACAGUAUCUGAGAUACAAUACUUAUUAUCUAAACAUCAUAGUUUUGUUCUUUGACUACAAUGGCAAAUGGCAACAAUUUGGGUUAGCCAAGUUCUUUUUUACUGAAAUGACUGUGUUCUAAGUGUUUUCCUUCCCAUGGAUUAGAAAGUAGGUGGUAUGCUAGAAAACAUAAGACCACAUAUGUUCUGGUUCUAAGAUUUGAUAACCAUAUGAUAUUUUUCCUUUUAUUUAUGGGGUAUUUUUCUUAUUUUCAUUUUUCCCCUUGUUGAAAUUCAUUAUGCUUCAGUUCUUGGUCCAUCAUUUUCCUUUAUCUUUUCUGAUUUGCUGCAUUCAGGUAUAUGGGUUUCAAGUGUCAUACUCUACCAAGAUAGAGAACAUG